GCAGCAGUAGCGGCAGCGAUGGCUCCGCCGGAGCUGUACCACAAGGAGUUCGCCAACGCGGGCCAGCGGGCUGGGCUGCAGAUCUGGAGGAUCGAGAAGCUGGAUCUGGUGCCGGUGCCCGAACCUUUGCACGGCAAUUUCUACGUGGGCGACGCCUACCUGGUGCUGCACACCUUCAAGAGGAGCAGCGCCACCUUCUACAAUCUCCACUACUGGCUAGGGAAGGAAUGCUCUCAGGAUGAAAGCACUGCAGCAGCGAUCUUUACAGUUCAGAUGGAUGAUUACCUUGGAGGAAAGCCUGUGCAGCAUCGAGAAAUCCAAGGAUAUGAGUCCACCCAAUUUGUUGGAUACUUCAAAGGUGGCAUUAAGUAUAAGGCAGGUGGUGUUGCCUCAGGUUUUAAGCAUGUCAUCACAAAUGACCUAAGUGCACGGAGACUUCUGCAUAUCAAAGGCCGGAGGGUGAUUAGAGCCACGGAGGUUCCUCUUAGCUGGGACAGCUUCAACAAAGGGGAUUGCUUCAUUGUGGAUCUCGGAACGGUGAUAUACCAGUGGUGUGGCUCCACAUGCAAUAAAUUUGAGCGCCUGAAAGCUACUCAGGUUGCUGUGGGCAUUCGGGACAAUGAACGAAAUGGAAGAGCUCAGUUGAUUGUUGUGGAUGAGGGAAGCGAGCCAAAAGAACUGCUAAAGGUUCUAGGACACAAGCCAGAACUUCGAGAAGGCAAUGACAAUGAUGAUGAGGCUGCUGAUAUCACCAACAGGAGAAUUGCAAAACUCUACAUGGUAUCCGAUGCAAGUGGAUCCAUGAAGGUUUCGGUGGUUGCAGAAGAAAAUCCCUUUUUGAGGGCAAUGCUUUUGUCUGAAGAGUGUUUUAUACUGGAUCAGGGCGUGGCUAGAAAGAUAUUUGUAUGGAAAGGUAAGAAUGCUAAUCCGAAUGAAAGGAAAGCCGCCAUGAAAUCAGCUGAAGAUUUCAUUCAGCAAAUGAACUAUCCUGCCAACACUCAGAUUCAAGUUCUUCCAGAAGGCGGUGAAACACCAAUCUUUAAGCAGUUCUUUAGAGACUGGAAAGACAAAGAUCAAAGUGAUGGCUUCGGAAAAGUGUACGUCACAGAGAGGGUGGCAAGGAUUAAGCAGAUUGAAUUUGAUGUUACCAAGUUGCAUGAGUCUCCGCAGAUGGCAGCCCAGUACAACAUGAUUGAUGAUGGCUCUGGGAAAGUGGAGAUCUGGCGUGUUGAAAGCAAUGGCAGAAUCCCUGUAGCACCUGAGAGCUAUGGGCAGUUUUAUGGUGGUGAUUGCUACAUCAUUUUGUACACUUAUUCCAAAGGACAGAUAAUCUACACGUGGCAAGGGGCUCAUGCAACUAGAGACGAGCUGACUACUUCGGCCUUCUUGACAGUCCAGCUUGACCGGUCGCUUGAAGGGCAUGCUGUCCAGAUCAGAGUCAGCCAAGGCAAGGAGCCUCCGCACUUGCUGAGUUUGUUCCGAGACAAGCCACUCAUCGUUUACAAAGAUGGGACAUCCAAGAAAGGGGGCCAAGUGGCUGCUCCGCCAACACGCUUGUUCCAAAUUCGCAGAAAUCUAGCAACCAUCACCAGGAUUGUAGAGGUCGAUGUUGAUGCCACUUCGUUGAAUUCCAAUGAUGUUUUUGUUUUGAAACUGCCAAAUAACUCUGGCUAUACCUGGGUGGGAAAAGGAGCAAGCAGAGAAGAAGAGAAGGGGGCUCAGUAUACAGCAAAUGUUGUGAGAUGUCAAACCUCAAGGAUUGAAGAAGGCCGAGAACCAGAUGACUUUUGGAGGGCCCUCGGUGGAAAGAAAAAAUACCAGACAUCUGCACAAUUACUGACCGAGUCAGAAGACCAUCCUCCCCGUCUUUAUGGCUGUUCUAAUAAAACCGGCAGGUUUAUAAUUGAGGAGGUUCCUGGAGAAUUUACUCAGGACGAUUUGGCUGAAGACGAUGUCAUGCUGUUAGAUACUUGGGAUCAGGUGUUUGUCUGGAUUGGCAAAGAUGCGAACGAACUGGAACGCACUGAAUCAGUUAAAUCCGCCAAACGCUACAUUGAGACUGAUCCUUCUGGAAGAGACAAAGGGACGCCACUUGUUAUUGUGCAACAAGGUUACGAGCCCCCAACGUUCACGGGCUGGUUCUUGGCCUGGGAUUGCAACAAAUGGAAAAACUGAGCAGCCAUAGAAUCCUCCAACUCAGAACAGAUAUCAGAGCACAGCCAUUCCCCGGCAGCUUUAAGCAUGUACUUACAUAUUAGUGUAUAUGCUGCUCUUGUGGUCCAUGUCCCAAUUGUGUGAAUAUGGGUAUAACGUAACACACACAUUUGAUAAGCAUAGAUACAUGUUCCUGGAUGGAACUGAAAAUACCCCUUCUCCAAGUCUAGAUUGUUCAGGUGUGCGAAGAAGAGGGAAGUCCUAUAACUCUGUGCAAUGCUUCUUGAUGCCAUUGCAAAUCCCACUUUUCCCAAAGGCUAGUUCAGGUUUGAAAAGGGGCUACGGGACUCCCACAGCAUAGCCUUCAAUUCUGGCUGUGGCUUGGCUUAUUAUGUGCUUAAGCGCAGGCCUCUAUGAUGAGUAGUGAUGAGUGAAUUACCUUCAGGGCCACUCAGAAC